UCAACCAUUUUAGAUAUACUUCUCUAUCUGGUCUGUUGAUACCGGUUUAUUUGGUCGUCAUUGUGCUUUCCAAAUUCUUCGACUGUCAGGAUAUCUGCGAAAACCCUGAAUUAGCGACAUAUGAAAAUGUGACUUCAGAAAACGGUUCAUAUAUAUAUUCUCAUCAUUAUUACUACUCACGAACAAUACGUCACUAUCAGCCGUAUCCAGUUGUUAGUGACAGUUUUAAAAAAUUUAGUACCACUCAGGUGAGUUGACUACAUUUUCUAAUGGAACUACUAAUUCUUAUGUUUGCAUCUUUUAAGGAUGUUAGACCGAAAUUUUCGUUUAAAUUUUACGGUAUUAACGUCACUACAUUUAAGAUUUCUCGUGAUGGUAAGAUAAUUUUUUUCUUCUACUUGAAAUUGUUAUUGAGUUUUGUUGAUCACAAUUCAUUCCAUGAAUCAAGUUUGCUAGAAUUUCUUCAAUGAAUCAGUUUUAUGCGUUUUCUGACAUUCAAAACGUUUGAUAGAUUCCUUUUUCUUCUUGUUGAACUGAUCAAACUUUCGAUGUCUUACAGCAAACUAAUUAAAGUUCACGAAAUUCAUUUUUGUCUCCAGUUCAUUUCAAACCAUUUCAUUCAUCCAUUAUAGAAUUUCAAGCAAAUUGUAUGUUUUCAUUGAAUAUAGGCAAAAUAAAAAUAUUCGGAGAAGAAAACAUCGGAACGAUACAUAAUUUUGUUAACGGCAAAUCUUUUCCUGAAUAUGAGAUGGUAGACAACAAUGAUUUCAUUGCUGUCAAAUGGUAUUUUAAGUUAUGGGUUGGCGAUACAAUUAAGACAGUCAAGAUAACUAAUGUGAUACAUUCCAAUGGGAAGAUAUCCCUCUAUUAUGAGAACGUAAGUUGUACAAUUGAAUUGAAAUAAAAUUUUGUUUCAAGUACUAUAAAUUAACCCACUCUUUCUUGCGUAUCUAUAAUGUCAAAUGUAUCAAGAUACAUUGAAUACGACAGAAAGAGAUCAACUUUUGUAAUGUGCAAACGGACUAUGUGACACUAUUAUUAAUCAUUUAAUGACACACACUUUAAUGUACUACUUGCUAAAAACAGUCAAUAAUUAGAAGUGAAGAGUCAUCAAAAGAAACGAUGAUGUCUCUUAACGACAGAUAAGGACAAACAGUGUACUUUAGAUUACAGCGCGGAAACAGUCAUAUAAUGACAAGAUUUAAUUCGUCUUCUGGAGAUAAGCUGUUCGGAAAGUACAUUGCAGAAUAUUCUGAGGGAUUUAGUGUUUAAACUGUUGAUCGUUUCACAGUGUGAAUGUUUUUGAAUGUCAGUAUUUGAUACUUCCAAUACUUCUUUUCAGAUCCCCACGGAACAAGAGAAAAGUCCACUGACCUCUCAAAUUGAAGGUGUUUUUCAGUGUGCAGAUGAGAAAGUAGUUCAAAUAGAAACACCCGACGAUGGUUAACAAGUGACAUGUCAGUGGAGAUUGAAACUAUCGAGGGUCAACAAAAGAACUUGACUGAACUAAACUCAAUUGCACUUAGUUGUUCAAAACACGAUUCCAUUGAAAAAUGCCAAAAUGCGACAACAUCAAGUGUGAAAUGUAUCUGGUAUGCAAAAGCUAAUAUGUGCAUUAACAGCGAUGAUAAUGAUGUUAAAAGCACCACUUCAGGAAUAAAUGGACACAGUAAACAUAAUAACACACCUCGUUACUUGCAUAUCGUGAUACCAGUAGUCGUCGUCGUCGCUUUCUGUGUCAUAUGCAUCGGUUGUGCUAUUUGGAUGUAUAAGAGAAAGAAGAGUAAUCCAUGAUUUACAGAAAUGUUUUAUCGUUUGUUUUUAUUAUUUUGAUCGAGUUGUUUUAUUCUGUAUUUCAUCCGGAAACUUCUUUACAUUUUGUUACGCCUUUCAAUUAUUUGAACAAGUUUUAUACCAUUUUCUGUUUGUUAACGUAUCGACUGAAGUCAUUCUGG